AUGGCAGAGGAACCACUCACACCGUUCGGCCAGGCGCUCGCCGGUGCUCUCGGAGGUGUCUUCUCCAAUGCAGUCAUCUACCCGCUCGACACAGUCAAGACACGAAUCCAAGCGGGCAACAACACCGCCGUCACUGCGGGCAAAGAGGUGCGAGACCCUAAGGAUCCCACCAAAACCAUCGUCACUGUACCCAAGAAUGCCGGCAUGAUCAAGGGCAUUCUCCACAUCAUCCGAAGCAAAGAAGGACCUUUGGGCUUGUACAAGGGUUUCGGUGCCAGCAUGGUCAACACCUUCUCCACCGGCUUUGCCUACUUCUACUGGUACUCGGUCGUCCGAACACUCUACCAGAAUCGUCUGGCUAAGCGAAGUGCUUCCGGUGUUGCUAUCAUGACCACUGCUGCUGAGCUUGUCCUUGGCGCUAUCGCUGGUGCCCUUGCACAGAUCUUCACCAUCCCUGUCAGCGUUAUUGCUACCCGACAGCAGCUCGCCACACCCGAGACAACCAAGGACGGCAAGCCCGCCGAUGAGAGCUUCAUCGGUGUCGCCAAGGACAUCCUCAAGCAAGAUGGUGUCGCCGGUCUCUGGCGGGGUCUUAAGCCUUCGCUCGUUCUCACCGUCAACCCUGCUAUCACAUACGGUGUGUUCGAGCGUGUCAAGACCAUCAUCCUCGCCACUUCGGUCGACGGAAAGAUGACUCCCGGCAAGUCAUUCUUGGUCGGUGCUCUUUCCAAGACCCUCGCCACCGUGGUCACCUUCCCUUACAUCUUGAGCAAGAUCCGUCUGCAAGCCAAGAACACGCAAUACAAGGGCGCUAUCGACUGCCUCAAGCAGAUCGCAAAGGAGAAGGGUAUCAGUGGUUGGUACCAGGGUAUGCAGGCUCAAAUCACCAAGGCUGUGCUCGCUCAGGCAUUGCUCUUCUACUUCCGUGACUACUUUGAGGUCUGGACUCGCCAGAUUUUGAAGGUCAGCAACAAGUCUGUUUCUGCUGCCUAG